UGUACAUGCAGUUUGAUUUAUAUAAAAUGGAAGAUUCUGAUAUCAGAAGAAAUUCAAACUCAGCGCUAGAAAAUAAUAACACUCAAUUCAUCAAUAAUGAUGUUAAUCAUAAAAAAGAGUCUUUUUAUGAGUUUUCUUCUGAUGCACUAAACAUGUUUGAUGAUUGUCAUGAAUCAAGGGAUGAUUUAUGUAAUAUCAUACCCUCUUUUACAAACAAGCCUGAUGAGAUUAUUAGCUUCAAGAAUGUGAUUUCCGGAGCAUUUUCGGUUUUAACCGGACGAAACAAAACUUCGGAAACCACUGAUAAUCGGUUACAGUGUCCUAGGUCUGAUCACUCUGAUGUAUCUUUCCUUGAGUUUGGAAAGAAUGGAGAUGUUGUCAUUGACUCUUCGGUGUACAUGCCAAGUGCGCCGUUUUUUGAUCCGGUUGGGAUCGAUUAUGGUGUUUAUAAAGAUUUGCUAGAGGCUGAGCCGCCUGUGUGGCUUCCUGAUAGCUCUGCUACUGCUUGUAUGCGGUGUAGUGCAAUGUUUACUGCCCUUACUUGUGGAAGGCAUCAUUGUCGGUUUUGUGGCGGUGUUUUCUGUCGGGGAUGUACAAAUAGGAGGUGUUUGUUGCCUGUUAAGUUUAGGGAAAGGAAUCCGCAGAGGGUUUGUGAUGCUUGCUAUGAGAAGCUUGAUCCUGUGCAAGGUUUUCUUAUCAAUACUGUUAGUAAUGCUGUGCAGGUAGCGAAGCAUGAUGUAAUGGACUGGACUUGUUCUAGAGGGUGGCUUAAUCUUCCUAUUGGUUUGUCUAUGGAACAUGAGAUAUUCAAAUCCUCUAAUACUUUGAGAAGCUACUGCGAGGUUGCUAGAUCCAAUCCUGAGAAGUCAAUCCCUUUAGCCAUUCUUACUGAAGCCAAAGGAUUAGCAAUUUUAACAGUUGCCAAAGCCGGUGCAUUCCUCUCAUACAAAAUCGGUACUGGUUUGGUUGUUUCUAGAAGAUCAGAUGGAUCAUGGUCAGCACCAUCAGCGAUAUUCUCGCUGGGUUUAGGAUGGGGUGCGCAGAUUGGUGGUGAACUUAUGGACUUUAUAAUUGUGCUUCGUGAUAUCAAAGCUGUGAAGACAUUUUGCAGUCGCAUGCAUUUUUCUCUUGGUGCUGGUUGUAGUGCUGCUGCAGGGCCUAUUGGAAGAGUGCUCGAAGCAGAUAUUCGUGCCGGUGACGGAGGUUCUAGCAUGUGUUAUACUUACAGCUGCAGUAAAGGUGCAUUUGUGGGAGUGUCAUUGGAAGGAAAUAUAGUUGCAACCAGGAUGGAUGCAAAUCUGCGGUUUUAUGGCAGUUCUUGUCAUACCACAUCUGACAUUCUCUUAGGGAUGGUGGACAGACCAGAGGCUGCUGAGCCGUUGUACGCCGCUCUUCAAGACUUAUAUUCCAGUUUAAGCUGCUAGUUCUAGUUCCAGCUGUAAAUUGCAUCCAUCAUUCUAUCAGCUGCAUAUAUUUGGCACAUUUUGCAUAUUUGAAGUCAUUUCAUUCAGAGGGAUCACGCAUGGAGUCAAUACUUUCAUGAUGCAUGUGACAAAUACAUCAAUUUAUU